UGCAGUCGAAAAAAGUUUUGACUUAAGUGAGAAGUGGACUGGAGGGAGGACCAAUGAAAGUCAGUAGACACAAGACAAAAUGCAUGUGUGUGAAUCAGAGGGAGAAGAAAGUUCAACAUGCAAGGCCUAGAGAACGGACGCCGGGACAACAUAGAGAGGAAAGGAGUGAAAAGUGUGGAUUUCUUAUGAUCUCAAAGAGACUUGAGCCUCACGUGGCGAGUGAGGCCUCAUGGUCGGAGCAUGCCAUAUGCUAGAGCGGUGAGGCAGUGGGAGAUCAGGCCCACGUCUACACUGCGGGGGAUCAAACGCACUAGGGCCCUGAUGUGGCAGCGGAUACGGGGACUGGUCCGGGCCUGCCGGCAUGGUGCGGGGUACCCAGUCAACUAUAAUGACCCAGACCGAGAAGAGCAGGAGAUGGUGUGCCUUGAGCCCAUGGGAUCAGAGCGGAUGGAGAUGCGAAAGAGGCAGAUGUCGGUGCAGCAGGAGUCGGCAGCGGGGGGAACUGCACCGGCCCAGCAGGACCAGCCGGGCCAGGCUAACCCACGGGGCUCGAAUGCAUGUUGCUUCUGCUGGUGUUGCUGCUGUAGCUGUUCCUGGAAUGAAGAUCGAGAUGAUAGGAACCGAAAGGCAUCUUAUGACGUCAAGGAAGGGACCACAGACUGUGAAGACUGUCCUAAGCCCACGUUGGAGGAGGUGCGCUCAUGGGGGCAGUCGUUUGACAAGCUGAUGUGCUGUCCAGCGGGGAGAAACUCUUUUCGACAGUUUCUUCGCACUGAGUUCAGCGAGGAGAACAUGCUUUUCUGGCUAGCCUGUGAGGAGUUCAGGAAAGAGACCAAUAAGAGUAUGAUAGAGGAGAAGGCUCGGGUCAUCUACGAAGACUACAUCUCCAUUCUAUCACCUAAAGAGGUGAGCCUCGACUCCCGUGUGCGCGAGACGAUUAACAGGAACAUGCUGGAGCCCACAUUGCACACCUUCGACGAUGCCCAGCUGCAGAUCUACACACUAAUGCAAAGAGACUCGUAUCCCCGCUACAUGAACUCCCCAGCCUACAAAAACCUGCUCAACACCCUGUCAGAGCAGUCCCCUGAAUCUUAGGGUGGUGAUGACCUGUGAUCUUUUAACUCUCUUUACCCCUCUCCCAGUCCUUACCCCCCUUUUUUAAAUUUUUUUCUUUGUAUGUUCAGUGUAGGAUUACAUGAAUCAGGCCUCGGGCCUGUCCCCUCCCAGGGAUCUCAGCGCUAUUGUGAUCUGCACCUGACUGAAGACACUCAGGUCUUAAAAUCUCCCGAGGGCUUGACAUCACAAGUACUGCUACAGAUCAACAAAGCAAAACACUCCAAAGGAAUAUGAAUACAUUUUAAUUCUUUUGUUUUUCUUUUUCUUUCUUUUGAUAGAAAUAAUCUAUUUUAUUUGUGUUCAGAGUUUUUUAUGGUCUGUUGUUUUUUGUAUGAUCGUUUGGGGGGAAAAUGAUUCCUACUGUAGACUAUAUAUUUAUGAGUUUGUAAAUAGUAAAAAUGGAAUUGUGGGUAUUUUAUGUGGAAACGCCUGGUUCUAUUUACUGCGUACAAAAAUCAAAGCUCAAGUCAAAGGCUACACGUUAGCUCUACUUGCAGGCAGCUUUGUGGGGUACUGUACUGAUUUUACCUUGGUUUCACCCCGUUUGGUCACGUAACCUCACACUUCAGUACCUGUGACAGCGACUUGGCAACUCCAGUUCAUGUAGAACCUGUGCGUGAUUGAGAAAUACUGUAAGCGUGGUGAUCAGUGAAGUAACAGAAAGUGACAACAGCUCUUGUCACGGCGUGCAAUUCGUUUCCUUAAGAAACUUAAAUCAAUGAUGGAAGGGUGUUUUAACUUUUGUUACUUGAGCUUAACCACAAACGAUUGCCUGUCUAAGAUGUUUAUUUGAAUUCAAGUGUUACUCACUGCACACCUCAUAGGUUUAUUAUAGUUUUACAAGUGUGACAUAAGUAAUUCUAUUUACCAGAUGAAGUAUUUUUUAUUUAUUGAUGUAUACAAACAAUACAGAAAAACAAGUACAAAUCAUAUUUAAGUCCUGUGAUGGACCAAACUCUACUAAGCAGUCAAAAAAAUUUAAAUAAUGUUAUUUUUAAAGAGUAUAUGGCUCUGUGUUAUAGGCCUGUAAUUUCCUAAUAAUGUUCCAGAAGGUUUCCUUGAAGAUAUUCUAAUUUGAGACUAAAUAUAAGGAAAAUUAUUCCAUCAUUUAAACCCAAAUAAAUAUGAAUUCAUAUUGUUGUAAGACCUAAACAGCUGGAAUGGAUUCUGUUUUCACGCUGAGAGUAAGAAGAUUUAUGAUGUUCUCAAAUUUUAAAUGUAAAGCUUUUCAUUCUCAAUUUCCGCUUAAAUAUUUGCUCGUAUUUAUUUGACCUUCUUCUCGGGCUAAUUAGAAUUUAUUCCAAGUCAUUUCUAGGGAACCUUCUGGAAUAUACUCUGAAAUUACAAAAAAACCAAAAAAAUCACUAUUUAAGAAACAUAGCUCGUCUAUGAUAUAUAAUUUGACAUAUGAUUAUCAGUGACAGUAGGUUUCAGGCCAGGUUAGCAGCAACACCAAAGCUACCAUGUAAACUGUGCUCAUAUGUUUUAUCGAGAGUGUUUCACUGAGUAAAAUUGGAGUUGCCAAGUGUUUAAUACUUUUAUGUACUCUAAUAGUUUUAGUUGAAUUACUUUGUUGCCUCACAAACGUGUCACUCAAAGACAAGAUCCUCACAUGGGGAAGUGCCUUGACAUUCAGUUUUACGACAUCUUUCUCAUGGGCAACGGUUGCUUUCAAACGCUUGCCAUAAGCGUGGUUACUGGAGCGUGAAGUCAGUUUACUGGAAAUUGUCCCUUUCAUUGGCCAAAUUAUUACGUGUUUUGUCUUGAUUUCUUAGUCGUGACUACAUCAGUUCACUUUGGUAGGGCAGAGGCUGACGACAGCACAUGUCAAACAAAGAUCGGUGGACGGGCCGGUUGAUCUGAACUUCUUACCAACCUGCGUGCAAUCUGAGCUGAUGGGUUCACCGCGCGGAUCAACCUCAAAACACAAUCUAAGCCAGUGGUUUGGAGUGAUGCCUAUAAAUGUUUCUUUCUUUUCUGUUUACUAUAUGAAAUGUGUUAUUUUGCGCUGAGUUUACUGAAGAAUACAUUUUUAAAAAAAAUACGAAUAAUGUGAAUGUUUACAGUAAAUGGUUGAUUUUAUUUUUUUUUUCUGCUACUCUCCGAGAAAAUAAUGACUUGUGGGCAUUUCGAUUAAGAUAAAAUAAAGCACAAUAAUUUUACUGACUCUGGAAUGAUUUAAUCAGCAAACCGCAUGACACCAAUAUCAGGAAAAUGUGUCAGGAAAUGACUUUAAUAAUGUCCUAACAGCAAAUUCAACCAACUCAGUUAGUUCACUGAUAGGAAUGGAAGAAUUCUUUCAGUACAUCUGCCUCUGUGUAAGUUUGAGCAUUUUAAAUUCAUGAUUCUGUUGGGAGACAUUUCUUUUAAAAAUAACACCGAUCAGGUGAAAUCCUAAUUAAGAACAUUUAAAAUCAAAAGUAAUGAAUUCUGUGAACUCCCUGAAAUAAACGGUAAUGUUCACAUGAGCACAACAUGUCAAUUAGGAUUAAACCUGGUGAGAGCUUUUGGCAAAAACAGUUUAUCUUAAGUGCACAGAGGAUUGUAGCAAUAUGUAGUUACUCGUGUACCACACUAUUUUGAAAUGCUUUAUAAACUUUGAAAAGUUUACUCUUUCACAGUACUGUGCAAAAGUCUUGAGCCGUAUCUAAUUUCUUUAUAUUUUCCUUCAGACUGUAUAAUAUCCAUCUAUAUCUAUAUCUUAUUAUUUUUAUUCUUUCCCUGAAGGUCUUUUAAAGUUUCUCUUUGAGAAUUAGCUGCUUUUUACUAUCUUUUUAGUUUUUGUUUUGUUUGUUUGUCAAGCCACUUAACCCUUAUCUGUGAAACAUAAAAGCAAGAGAUGAACCAGUGUUGUGUUGUUGUGUCUACACAUAACAGACAACCUAGCAUAGAACCAAUUUUAAAUUCUAUCUUUAGGUACAAAGGUAACACAGUUUGACAGGUACAAACAUGCAACACUCUGUUAAACCAAUUUAAUUAAAUAAAUAGGAUAAAUUCUACUUAACUCACACAUUGACAGUUUGAUUUAAAAUUCACUGUCUAAAUUUUAAUUGUAACUAUAUAGGAAUAUUUUGCUGUGUCUGAAUUUUAUACAGGGAGGUUCUUUCAUAAAAAUGGCCAUUGAAUUCACAAUAAAAAAUGUUUCAAAAAAGGUUCAAUUAAAAAAUAAAUAAGAAGGUGAGAUAAAACAUAUAGAGAAGUGUAAUGUCUACCACCAGGCCUUCCUCAGUUUUAGCCCUUUUCAAUGAAUAAUAAAAAAAAAAAUCUUAAUCUUGUAUUACUGUUCAGUUUGUGUGGUGGUGAAGCAGCAGAACAGCCCAUCAACAUAAAGUGGUUGCACCUGGCUAUUUCAAAAAAAAAAAAAAAAAAAUCCUGGAGGAAGCAGAAAACAAUUGGUGCAUCUUCCCUGCUCCAGCCAACGAUAUUAUCCUGUCCCUGGAUGGAUUAAUAUGCAUACAUCAGCAUUCGCUUUGAUGUGAUGAAUAUUCCAUCAAUUACAAAUGUAUACUCUGUAACACGCACACACACACACACACACACACACACACAUAGAAGAUGUUUGUUCUCUCAGAUCCGACCUGCUUAGUAUAAUUUUAAAGAUUUAAAUAACCAGAAGAGACUGAAAACCCAUCAUAAAAGACAGCUAAUGAAAAGCAGCUCUUUUUAAUCAAAUGGAUUACACUUUAUUGGGAAAUUAAAUAAAACAAUGCAAUGUUGUGAGGGGGAAGCAAAACAACAUUGUCCAAAGUGUUAAAACUACAUAUAAAAAAUGCAGAUAAAAGAGCAUGAGAUAAGAUCCAUCGCAUAUAUCUGACGGUGAGAAACAACUAAUAACGAUAGUAAAAGAAUUUUUAGGGGAAGGCGUUGAGGGAACCGACAAUGAGCUCAAUCUAUUAACAAGAUAUUUACUUAAACAGUAACCGCAGUGGCAUCUUUGUAUGGCAUGUUGUGUACCAUGUACCACAGAAUAGAAAGCCCCAAUCUGUUGCAGAUAGACAGAA